GAAGCGGUCCCGACCCUGAUGGAAUGUCGAUUUCGACCAUUUCCGAAUUCUGACAUUUUUGUGUAUCAUCUCACGUAGGUUUUUCGAAAAAAUAGGUGGGGUUUCGGUAUAUAAAAUGGGUUUGAUCAAAAAUGAUCAUCAUCACACGACAAGUGAUCUUCUUCUAGUGACAUACUGACUCAGCAAUAUCAAUAUGCAACAGACCAUUGUCAUUUCCGCCAUCUUGGGUUUCGCCGCUUGCGCCCAACUGAACAACCUUUACCUCCCUCCCAAUCCUUCCUCCGCUGGUUCCCUAGGACCCAACAAUGCUCCAUUUGGAGGCGCUGCCGGUAGAAGUACCGGAGGUUCGUUCUCUACCAAUCCCUUAAACAACGUACCUAUCGUUAAGUUCGCUGCCGAAAAUGAAGGUGAAGGAACUUACAGAUACAACUACGAAACAGGCAACAGCAUCACCGCCGAAGAACAAGGUGACGCUCGUGGUGAUGGUACCAAAGCCCACGGUUCCUACUCUUACACCAACCCCAACGGAGAACACGUCUCGAUCACCUACACAGCUGACGAGAACGGCUUCGUUCCCCAAGGAUCCCAUAUCCCCACUCCACCCCCAAUUCCCGAAGCUAUCCUGAAAGCCCUCCAAGAAAACGCAGCUGCUGAAGCUAGAGGAGUCUUCGAUGAUGGUCAGUACCAUGGAGAAGGUUUGAGUGAGGCACAGUAUCAUGGGGAAGGUCUAGCUGAGGCAGCUGCAGGUGCUGAAGCUAGUGGAAGAGCUGGAGCUGGAGCUAGUGCUAAAGCUGGAGCAAGCGCUGCGGCAAGGUAUGCUGCCAAUGGUGGUUACAGAUAUUGAGUCAAGAAGAACUGAGUUGUACAAAAUCUUAAUUUAUGAAAUAGAUAUAACACCCA